CUUGGCGCUGCUCCGCGGGCUUGGGUCAAUCGUUAAUCGAGGAGGGAUGGCUUUCCACUCUUUGCAGGUAACCUCUCCUCCUCCUCCUCCUCCCCUCCGGCUCCCACCCCCGCGCCAGUGCCCACACAAAACCAGCACCCCCCCGGGAACGGGGUGGAGCUGUGGCAGAGCCAGCAGAGCAACCGGCAGGGCCAUGGGAAGGUAAGCGUGGCUGGAGGCAGCUGGUGGCAAGCUGGGUGAGAAGACACAAGCCCCAGGGAGGUGACAGCCAGCCCCCCCACCAUGGUGUCCAUGGGGCUCCAGCUGCUGGGCUACGGCCUGGCCUUCCUGGGCUACAUCGGCACGCUGGCGGCCACCCUGCUGCCCACCUGGAAGACCAGCUCCUACAUCGGCUCCAGCAUCGUGACGGCCGUGAGCUUCACCAAGGGGUUGUGGAUGGAGUGUGCCACCUACAGCACGGGCAUCACCCAGUGUGACAUCUACAGCUCCCUGCUCAACCUGCCCGCCGACAUCCAGGCAGCCCAAGCCCUGAUGGUGAGCUCCUGCGCCGUCUCCUCCCUCGCCUGCCUCCUCGCCGUGGUGGGCAUGAGGUGCACCGUCUUCAGCCAGGGCUCCCCAGGCAAGGACCGGGUGGCGGUGGCGGGCGGCGCGGUCUUCGUCCUCGGGGGGCUGCUCUGCUUCAUCCCGCUGGUGUGGAACAUCCACGUGGUGCUGCGGGAUUUCCACAACCCCGUCCUCCCCGACAGCAUAAAGUUUGAGCUUGGGGAGGCGCUUUACCUGGGCAUCAUCUCCUCCCUCCUCUCCCUCAUCGGUGGCUUCAUCCUCUGCACCUCCUGCCCUGCCCGGGACCCAGCGGCCACCUAUACAAGCAACUACCAGUCCCGGCUGCUGGUGGGCAAGAGCCCCCGGCCCUCCGUUGGCCAGACGCAGAAGACCAAGAGCGAGGUCAACUCCUACAACCUGACAGGAUACGUGUAGCGGCUGCAGGUGGAAACUGGGCUGGCACCUCUCCCAGCUCCCUGGAGCAUCCGGGAUGGCACUGAGGGGGUGUGGGAAGAGGAGAGGACACAGCAGCAUCUCCAGUGCUUACAGGCUUGGGGAGGGGGGGAGGUCAAUCCCGAGAUCCUCGGAGAUCCCAGCUCACAUCAGCGAAGGACCCCCCCGAAUCUGGCUUCUGUUCCCUCCUCCCUGCUGCCAGCCCACAGGCAGCCCCCGGCGCAGCAGGACCCCAGCCCGCAGCCCCAGCGAGCCUGCCUGGAUAUGGGGAUGGGUGGGCUUGUGCCCCCAGGGACUCACUGGCCGCAGAGGUAUCACAAGGGGUUCAGGGUGUCCGCACGGGUCCGGACUUGCCGCUGGGGCGAUUGAGUGCUGGUUGCAAACCGAUGUCGCAAUA